AACGCCAUCAUCGCUCUGUAGAAGAGCUUCCAUUUUCGUAACUGAGAAGAUGAACUCCCUUCAUCGCGUAGUAGGAUUGGUCACAAGAACAACGAGAAGUCCAAUUUCUUCAACAAUUUCACAUUCCCGAUCGAAUCUCCCGUCGAUUCUCGUCAAUCUGAUGUCAACAAAAUCUCGAAACGAUGAAGACAAAUGGAACGACGCUUGGGAAUCAGCUUGGUUACCAGAUGAUCUCACUGAUAAGAGCAGAGCUCCAUGGGAGACGGACGUGAACUUCGAUUCGAAAGAAUCAACGAUAGAAGAAACCGAUGUGGAAGCAAAGGCGUUCGUAGAGGAUAUGAAUGAGCAUUGGAACGAGAGAAGAGGGAAGAGUGGGAAAGUGGAGGAGAAGAGAGGAGAGAAGAAAGAGAUUGAUGCAGAAUCGCUUUAUAGUUUGGAGACGAUGAAGAAGGAUUAUAGAUUGAAGAAGCAGAGAGUUCAUGCUUCUUUGUGGGUUAAAGAGAUUGAGAAAUUGGAAGAAGCUAAAUUGGGUGAUUCAGGAUCUGGUGGUGGAGCUGAUGAUAUUGAUCGGCUUCUUGAUAGUUGCUCAGAGAUCUUCGACUCGGUAGACCACGAUUUUGACAAAUUGGAGGUUUCAAGUGGAUCUGAACUAAAGAAUAAGCCUGAUGGGUGGGAAUCAACAGUGAAGGAACAUGAUGGAAAUCUCUGGGAAAUGUCACAAAGGGAAGAAGACAUUCUUCUCCAAGAAUUUGAUCGUCGGACUGCCUUCUGCAAAUUUCAGAUUGCGAGUUUUAUAAAGCAACACAUAUUCAGUAGAAGAAGACCGAUUGAUGGGUGGAGAUACAUGAUCGAAGUGAUCGGUCCAAAUGCGAGAAAAGGGAAAGGAAGUGUUUCUAGGCUCCCCGCUUUAUCGGAUGUGUCGACUCAGCCUUUCAAAGAAGAUACUGACAGUCUCACUACUCUCAAGCGUCGGUAGAAGACUAGAGGAGUUUAUUGUGAAAUCAAUUUAUAACUUUAUAUAACAAUAAAUUGAAAAUUCACACAUGGCGGAUGUCAGUUUAUGUAUGUUUAGACAAUCCACUAAGGUUUAGGAGGGGGUAUUGAUGGACUCAUGAAUUUGAUAGACUUUAAUAGUGUUAUUCAACUAAGUAAACAAAAUAUGUUUUUGAGUUACAUUACUACCAGUUUUUCCAAUUUAAGAAUAUUGUAAUAAUAUUGAAAAACCUUUAAAGUA